AGAUAAUUGGCCAGCACCUGUCAAAUUUAUGCAAAUGACCUUUUGAUGGAUGACGUAAGCAACGUCCCUUUUGUGCAACAGUCAAAAAUAUGGUAUUGUUAGGUGUUCCUUUUGACACCUGUUAAAGAACUAUGGUUAUUGGGUGUCUCUGAAGUCUGGUUCGUGUGUAGGUGUGAGAGGAAACCUGUGGAGCUGAGGCGCCAGGGUGUCUGGUAGUCUUUUGUUAUUUGGGGUCUCCCAACGUGGCGAGGGGUUUAGGAGGAAGCGGGCUGUGUGUUCGUGGUGAGACACUGCGUCUGCGUUCGGCGGGGGGUCCGCCAUGCAGGUGUUGUGGGGCGUCUUUGAUGAGAAGAAUAGUUGAGACAUGUCCAGACAGCCCCACCUAUGUAGGACCACGUGAUCGGCGUGGGGUGGUCCCAGCGAUUAGGUUAGUUUAGCCAUGCAAUGUUAAAAAGUCAUUUCUGGUUAGCCUACCUUAAGAGCGCGCUGCGAAGCAUCUUUCCUCCCCGGCUGUGGACCAAAUUUCCUGACUUUCACGGUUUUGUUGAGCUAAAAGUUUUAAAAGUCUUUUCAACGUGAGGACAGGACCGACCAUGAUCAACAUUGAUGACACUACAGCUAGCCUGAAGCUGCUCCAGGUGAGUUUAUUCAAUCUUCUCUACGGUUUUUGAUAGCUAGCAUGUUCUAUGAUUACUUUAAUUUAUUUUACAAGAGCUUUUGUCAGUUAGCAUGCUCUAUUUAAUGCAAAGCAUCCAAAUAAGAGUUAAAUAGCGACCUACCAGCAAUGUUACUGAAAUGGAGACAAGCUUUUUAAGAUGCAUCAUCCUCGCGUUGUCGUGGGAUACUGAUUUCCCACAUGUUUCAUUACACCUCGCGAAUCUCCGCCCCCAUUUUUGAGCAGCCCUAUAAGGUUUGUGGUGGGGUUUGAAAAGUUGAUGACAUAGCUGAAAACCACGCCCUAUAAACAUGAACGCCAUGCCCCUGAAACAUGAUACAAUUUCCAAACCUGAAUGUUUGACCGUAAAGUAGAUUUAAUGUUUGAAUAACUGUAGACAUAGCCUUUCUAUUGACUUAGGUGAAGUUUUUUUUUUUUUUUUUUUUUUUAAUAUAAAACAUGUCUGCAACGCGUUGAGAAGCUGAUGCCAUGUGAUACAUAGAACUCGAGCGCCAUCUAGAGACCCUCCACUAUUUAAAAAAAAAAGGUGGAGUUACUUAUUCAUGUUUCUUUAAAACAAAGCAUUUUCACACCUUGGCGAUGGUUAUAUACUUCGCUCGCCAGACAGAGCAUAGCUCCUUUACCUACAACCCAAACGCUGACCGCUGAGGAGAAAAGACAUUGAUUGGGAAAAUGAUCAAUACACAUCCUAAAAAGCCACAGAAUACAGAUGCUGAUGCGUUUGAUCUCACAGACGCGGAACUUGUAAGGCAUUAUGAUGACUUCUACUCAAAACACGGCGAUACAGCGGCUUUAGACGGCUUCGAGGGCGAGAAUGGACGCAUGCGCGACAGCCAAUUAGCAACUACGUCAUAUGCUACCGUGGACAACGCAGGUCAUAUUGUGGUACAUCGUCCAGAGGCGACCGCGGGAUUAUAUUUCCCGGAGUUAUCAUCCGACGAGGACGACGACGAAGCGGGGGGUAGACGACGUUGGCUCCCUGAAUGGGCAGACCCCAAAUAUUAUGGGAGUCAAGAGUCAUAUUUUGAAUGUGGACAAAGGCUACUGACACCAACGCCGCCAUCCACGUUGAUAGAGCUGUGCACGCCUGGGAUAUAUCUUCCACCUCGUGAGUAUGCGUUUUGCAAUAUUGAAAAUCAAACGCUUAAAUGGGAACUAUACAAAACGUUCGCUUUUUAUUUUUCUUUUGGAAAAGAAAAAAGAAAAGAAAAGAAGAAAAACAUCGGUACCUCGGUGGACCGACGCUCGAGCUACGGGACUAUUACGCCACCACCACCACAGACAACGCGGGGUGUUGAUGCAGAGAUACAGGCCGGGUUUGGCGAUGUUAAUCUCCGUGUUCAAACCGAUGUAUCGACCCAGACGGACCCUUUAAUUGAUGUUUCAACAGAUGAUGCCGUGCGAGUGGUUGACACCCGUGGACCCGGCGGAGGUCCAAUAAGACACACAAUUCAACUGCAAAUCUCCACACCCUACGAGGACCGCCCGAGACCUGAUUCCGCUUCUAGACAACGUCGAGGAGGUCAUCCAAACUUAGAUUCGGCGUCUACACAUAGCAGUGUGGGGGUGCCUACCCCACCGUUGAGCCCUGCUCGAGGUCGUGAAGAUCAGCCUUCUCCAGCGAGCACCUUGGUGGCACAGCAUGAAGAACAUCCUGCAACCUCGACAAGAAUAACCAAGCCAUCAGUAUCGAUUACGAUUGGUGAUGUCGUGGUAUCCAUCCACUCUAAUUUUAUUUGAUGUGUGAAGGUUUGU